AUGUUGAUCACUAAAUUAAGACUCCAUUAUAUGGAUUUUACUGUUCAAUGUGUAAACCAUGUUCUUUCCAAUUUGUAGAUUCUUGUGGACACUGUUUGGGCUUUGUCCUACUUAACAGAUGGUGGAAAUGAACAGAUACAAAUGGUGAUUGAUUCAGGAGUUGUACCUUUUCUAGUUCCCCUUCUGAGUCAUCAGGAGGUUAAAGUUCAAACAGCAGCACUGAGAGCAGUAGGCAACAUAGUAACUGGUACUGAUGAACAGACACAAGUUGUUCUCAACUGUGAUGUUUUGUCUUAUUUCCCAAAUCUCCUGACACAUCCAAAAGAGAAGAUAAAUAAGGAAGCAGUUUGGUUCCUUUCCAAUAUCACAGCAGGAAACCAGCAACAAGUUCAAGCUGUAAUAGAUGCUGGGCUAAUCCCUAUGAUCAUACACCAGCUGGCUAAGGGGGACUUUGGAACACAAAAGGAAGCUGCUUGGGCAAUUAGCAAUUUGACAAUAAGUGGGAGAAAAGAUCAGGUUGAAUACCUUGUACAGCAAAAUGUAAUCCCACCGUUCUGCAAUCUACUCUCAGUAAAGGAUUCUCAAGUGGUACAGGUGGUGCUGGAUGGUCUGAAAAACAUCCUGAUAAUGGCUGGUGAUGAGGCUAGCACAAUAGCUGAAAUUAUAGAAGAGUGUGGAGGGUUAGAGAAAAUUGAAGCCUUGCAACAGCAUGAGAAUGAAGACAUUUAUAAACUAGCAUUUGAAAUCAUAGAUCAGUAUUUCUCUGGUGAUGAUGUAAGUAUGCUAAAGAUUGAAGAGUGUAUGCCCUAUGCUGUUAGCUUA